CUCUUUUAAAUGUUACAAGAAAGAAUGAAAUUAGCACCACCACCACCACUUACCAACAAAGAACCAACAGCCGUGGCUUCUCCCGUUAAAUCUUGCGGCUCGACGACGAGGCAUCCAGUGUACCACGGAGUUCGCAAACGUCGAUGGGGAAAAUGGGUUUCCGAGAUCAGAGAGCCCCGAAAGAAAUCUCGGAUUUGGCUCGGAUCUUUCCCGUUGCCAGAAAUGGCAGCUAAAGCUUACGACGUGGCGGCGCUUUGUCUGAAAGGAAGAAAAGCUCAGCUUAACUUCCCCCACGAAAUCGACGAUUUACCUCGCCCGUCCACCUGUACGGCCAGAGAUAUCCAAGUAGCGGCGGCCAAAGCAGCCAACGCCGUCAAGAUCAUUAAAACGAGAGAUGACGUGGCAAAUAUCGGAGACGGGGAUGAUUUCUGGGAAGGCAUAGAGCUGCCUGAGCUUAUGAUGAGCGGAUGUGUGUGGUCGCCGGAGCCUUUCGUUGCCGGAGAUGAUGCCACGUGGCUGGUGGACGCAGAGUAUCAGUUCAUGGCGUGUCUGUGAAUGCAUGUAAUUGUCGACUGUGUCCUAUUCCCUAUAUACGUGUUCGUUGUAUCCUUAUUAGAUGUCUUGGCUAAGAUCGAGUAAAUGCUACUUAUGCAAGUAUAUUUUUAGUUUGCAUUUUAUUUUUUGUCUCUAGUUUCUUGUUUUACUUUACGUGAUUAAUAUAUAGAUACGUAUAUCUGGUUUGUUCGAUCUUGAAUGAAUACGUAUAUAUGUGCCUUCUUACAAU